GGGCUCCUCGGCCUCUCCCUCGGGAUCUCGGUCUUUUAUCUCUUCCAAUCUCUCCUAGAUUUCUACUCUUUCCCCUCACCGAUCCCUCCCCCUCCCUUCCCCGCCCUUGCCUGUCCCUGCCUUCCCUACCCUCCCCACCUCUUCCAGGCCUGAGGUCUCUAGCUCAGAGUCUCUCCCCAGUUUCCCUGGGAGGGAAGGCGUGGGACCAUGGCUGGACUGGGCCCCGGAGGUGGGGAGGCCGAGGGCGGCCCCCGGCCCCUGUUUUGCAGGAAGGGGGCUCUGCGCCAGAAGGUCGUGCACGAGGUGAAGAGCCACAAGUUCACAGCCCGCUUUUUCAAGCAGCCCACCUUUUGUAGCCACUGCACGGACUUCAUCUGGGGGAUCGGCAAACAGGGCCUUCAGUGCCAAGUCUGCAGCUUCGUGGUUCACCGACGAUGCCACGAAUUUGUGACCUUCGAGUGUCCGGGCGCAGGGAAGGGGCCCCAGACGGACGACCCCCGCAACAAGCACAAGUUUCGUUUGCACAGCUACAGCAGCCCGACCUUCUGCGAUCACUGUGGUUCCCUGCUGUAUGGGCUGGUACACCAGGGCAUGAAGUGCGCUUGUUGCGAAAUGAACGUGCACCGGCGCUGUGUGAGAAGUGUGCCAUCUCUGUGCGGUGUGGACCACACAGAGCGACGAGGGCGCCUACAGUUGCGCAUUCGAGCCCCGGCAGGGGAUGAGAUCCACGUCACAGUGGGCGAGGCACGCAACCUCAUCCCCAUGGACCCCAAUGGCCUGUCUGAUCCUUACGUGAAACUAAAGCUGAUUCCGGAUCCGAAGAAUGUCAGCAAACAGAAGACCCGGACUGUGAAGGCCACGCUAAACCCGGUGUGGGACGAGACCUUCGUGUUCUCCCUGAAGCCCGGGGAUGUGGAGAGACGCCUGAGCAUCGAGGUCUGGGAUUGGGACCGCACGUCCCGCAAUGACUUCAUGGGCGCCAUGUCCUUUGGCGUCUCGGAGCUACUCAAGGCCUCCGUGGAUGGCUGGUACAAGUUACUGAAUCAAGAAGAGGGUGAAUAUUACAAUGUUCCCGUGGCCGACGCCGACAACUGUGGGCUCCUGCACAAGUUCGAGGCCUGUAACUAUCCCCUGGAGCUGUAUGAGCGGGUGCGCCUGGGCCCUUCUCCCUCCCCCUCUCCCUCCCCCAGCCCCACGGAUUCCAAGCGAUGCUUCUUCGGCUCUGGCUCCGGCUCGGGCUCGGGCCGCCUGCACAUCUCCGACUUCACCUUCCUCAUGGUGCUUGGAAAGGGCAGUUUCGGCAAGGUGAUGCUGGCCGAGCGUCGGGGCUCCGAUGAGCUGUUCGCCAUUAAGAUCCUGAAGAAGGACGUGAUCGUGCAGGACGACGACGUGGACUGCACGCUCGUGGAGAAGCGCGUGCUGGCCUUGGGGGGCCGCGGACUGGGCGGACGGCCGCACUUCCUCACGCAGCUCCAUUCCACUUUUCAGACCACCGACCGACUGUACUUUGUGAUGGAGUACGUGACGGGCGGGGACCUCAUGUACCACAUUCAGCAGCUGGGCAAAUUCAAGGAACCGCACGCCGCGUUCUACGCGGCAGAAAUUGCAAUCGGCCUCUUCUUCCUUCACAACCAGGGCAUCAUCUACAGGGACCUGAAGCUGGACAACGUGAUGCUGGACGCGGACGGCCACAUCAAGAUCACGGACUUCGGCAUGUGCAAGGAGAACAUCUUUCCUGGGACCACGACCCGGACCUUCUGCGGAACCCCGGACUACAUCGCUCCCGAGAUUAUCGCCUACCAGCCCUAUGGAAAGUCAGUGGACUGGUGGUCCUUCGGAGUGCUGCUCUAUGAGAUGCUGGCGGGCCAGCCUCCGUUUGACGGGGAGGACGAGGAAGAGCUGUUUCAGGCCAUCAUGGAGCAGACUGUCACCUACCCGAAGGCGCUGUCCCGGGAGGCGGUAGCAGUGUGCAAGGGGUUCCUCACUAAACACCCAGUGAAACGUCUGGGCUCUGGGCCGGACGGAGAGGUGGCCAUUCGAGCUCAUGGCUUCUUCCGCUGGAUUGACUGGGAACGCCUGGAGAGACUCGAGAUCCCUCCUCCUUUCAGGCCACGACCAUGUGGCCGCAGUGGUGAGAAUUUCGACAAAUUCUUCACUCGUGCAGCCCCAGCGCUGACCCCCCCUGACCGCCUAGUCCUGGCCAGCAUUGACCAGGCUGAUUUCCAGGGCUUCACCUAUGUUAACCCCGACUUUGUGCAUCCUGAUGCUCGAGAGCUCCCCAGUCCUGGGGCUGGUGCCAGCCCUGUGCCUGUCCUGUGAGCACCCUGUGCUGGACCCAGGCCCCUCUGCUGCUUUCCCUUCUUCUUGGAUGGGUGGGGCUGGGGGUAGUUCUCAGAUCUUUUUGCUCUCUCCCCCUUUCUCCUACCUAGGACUGGCAUCCUGCAUACCCUGCCCUCAUUCUAAUUCCCCUCAUCCUGAUCUACCUUCCUAAUUCUAGUUCCACCAAUGUUCUAGUUCUCCACCCCCAUUCUAGCACCCCUAAUCCCCCCCAUCCCUUGUCCUGAGCCUAGAGGCUACCUUCAAUUCGAGGUCCUGUGGGAGGCUGUGCCCCCACACCUUGGGACCCGAGGGGAGGGUGGAGAUGGUCCCCAGUUGGGGCCACCAUCCAGAUCUACCCACUCUUCCAUGAUAUGACCCACCCUCUGGUGUUCUCCACCAGCCAGUGUUCUAGAACUUCCCCUUCCCCAUCCCCAAUCACUGCCAAACUCCUUUCCUGCUGCCGCGUGUGAUUCAAGUCUCAGCUUCAUGGAGCCCUGGAUUCACCUCUCUGGGCCCCUGAGGCCUCCCUCAGUCAGACUCCCUAUAUCUGUUCCCACCCCAUCCCUCAGGGCUGGGAAAUAAAGUUGGGGUUUUGAUGCUG